AUGACCUACUUCUACCCGGGCCUCGGUGCGUGCGGCAUAGCCCAUGGUGAUAGCGAUGCCGUUGUCGCCCUCUCUGCUCUCGACUUUGGUAAUGAUAUUAAUCCUAAUAAAGCAGCAGUCUGUGGAAAAUGGGUCAAGAUAUCCCAUGCCAAUGGAAACUCUGUCCGCGCUCCGAUCUGGGAUAAGUGUCCUGAAUGUGUUAGCGGCUCCAUCGAUGUCUCUCCGAGUGUUUUUCAACAGAUUAUCGGCCUCUCCGUCGGCCGUACGGAUGUCAUAUGGGAAUUCGAAGAUAUACCUAGCAAAAGCACUGACUCUGUUGCCUUUAAUUCUAUUCAUGAUAUGGCUAUUAGUACGAUUACCGUAACUGUUACUGUUACCGCGUAG